AAAAAUAAAUAAAUGGGUAAUUUUGCAGUAGUAAUCUCAAUUUUAUUUAUUUUAUCAAUUUCAUGUUUAAUCAGCUGCGAUGAAACUAAGUACCAAACAUUUAUACAGUGUAUCUCCGAUCACUCUUCCGGCCAGAACAAAAUCCUGCAGCGGAUUCACACUCCGAAUUCGCCGGCUUAUGUGUCACUGCUUGAAAGCGCCGCCCAGAAUCCACGGUGGACUAAUUCCACCGCCCAGCGGCCCUUUCUGAUUGCGGCGCCGCAUAGAGAAGCGGAGAUUCGCGCCGUCAUUCUCUGCAGCAAAAUGUUCGGCCACCAGAUCAGAGUGAAAAGCGGUGGCCAUGACUACGAAGGUCUCUCCUUCCGUUCAGAGACGCCGUUGUCUUUCAUCAUGGUGGAUCUCUCCAACCUCAAUCGCACCAAAAUCGAUUUGGAGGAGGAAAUUGCUUGGAUUCAGACUGGGGUGAAAUUAGGGCAGCUGUACUAUGAAAUUGCUAACAAGAGCAGUACCCUCGCGUUUCCCGGCGGGUUGUACCCGACCGUCGGCUCCGGCGGGCACAUCAGCGGCGGAGGGCUCGGGACUCUGAUGAGGAAAUACGGCAUCGCGGCGGAUAACGUUCUCGACGCCCGAGUUAUGGACGCCAACGGCGUAACCCUAGACAGAGAAAGCAUGGGGGAAGAUCUUUUCUGGGCAAUCAGGGGCGGCGGCGGAGCAAGCUUCUGCGUGAUUCUCGCCUGGAAACUCAAGCUUGUCAGAGUUCCGGAGAAGUUGACCGUUUUCACAGUCCGCCGGAAAUUCGAACCCGAAAACCUGCAUCUUCUCCAAAAAUGGCAGAACACUGCACACAAGGUCUCUAAAGACCUCUUCAUAAGAAUCCUGUUACAGACCGCCCCAAAAAAGGAUACAUCCCUCGAAAAACUCGUUGCCGUUGGGUAUAACGGGCUUUUUCUCGGCCCGGCCGAUGAAUUUGUCUCUUACAUGGAAACAAUCUUCCCGGAAUUCGACCUGAAAAUUGAAGAUUGCUUCAGUGCACCGGCCGGAAACUACAGCUGCUCCGACAGGCCCUGCAUCAAGAAAGAGUGUUUCCAGGUGCCCUGGAUUAAAUCCGUACUCUACUUCGCCGGAAAAAAACUGGACGACCCACCGGAGAUCUUGCUCCAACAAAGGGUGAACAAACACAGUUACAGUAAAGGGACUUCCGAUUUCUUGAAAUCCCCUAUUCCCGAUGAGGGUUGGAAAAUGAUACACAAAAUGUUUAAUACCGACGACCAUCAAAUGAUGAUAAUGGACCCUUUAGGAGGGAAGAUUGACGAGAUUUGGGAAGACGAGAUUCCGUUCCCACACAGAAAGGGCAAUCUUUUCAACGUACAAUAUUUGAAGUAUUGGGAAGUUAACACGAAAAACGAAUCGAGUAAACAUAUAAAAUGGAUGAGAAAUUUGCACAAGAAAAUGAAACCGUAUGUAGCUCAAUCUCCAAGAACUGCGUACAUCAAUUACAAAGAUCUCGAUUUGGGGAGAAAUGACGAAAAUUGCAGCUACAGCAGGGCGAAGAUAUGGGGGGAGAAGUAUUUCAAGGGCAACUUUAAAAGAUUGGCUCGAGUGAAGGGUAAAGUUGAUCCGGACAACUUCUUCAGAAACGAGCAAAGCAUUCCGGUUCUAUUGUAAGGAAAAACAAAAUGUAAGAGGUCGAAUCGAAAGUUCUGUUGCUGCUUUAGAUUAUCGUUCGCACGAUCGAUGAAAUAAUGUUGUGAAUUACCUUAAUAAUAAUAUUCAAUGGCGUUUUUGUUUCUACAAAGCAAGAGGUAAACCGAUCGGUACUUUGCUGUCUUAGAUCAUGUCUAUGUAUGAAGAAUGAUGUUGUUAAUUA